AUGCCAUUUAGCCAAGUUAGCUAUGUCGAGGAUGAGCCUAUCUAUUUGGGUCAACCGACCCCCAUCCUCAUUGAUUGGAAUCUUGGACAAAGAUGGUCUUCCUUGCCCCCCAACUCACAGCGCUUGAGGAAUGUUAGAUCAGAUUUCGACGUCCUUUGCCCAUCUAUGGCACCUUCUUCCCCUCCUAAUUGGACUCCACCUAAUUGGGACAUGAUCCUCUACAUUGGUAGUGGGGAUUUCAUGCCAAAAUCUUGUAAAAUGGACCAGAAUUGUUGUGCCUAA